UCUCGCGCGAUUUUCGAGAACAGUGGUCGUCCAAGCCAGUCAUCCUUGCUAGUUUCAAUCAAUAACGAUUGCAUACAGAGUUCGGGGGAUAUCUUCACUUUCACACUUUGGAAAGAGCGCUGCCUAAUUGCGAACCGAACGUAGAAGCAAAAGGUGCUACAUCAUGACGUCCCGAGCCGUGACCGUGCUCACGGUACACGGACGCCGGUUGAAUGUGAAGGUUGAACCAAACAUGACUAUCCUGGAGGUGUUGGAAACCGUGUGCCGUAAAUACAAUUUUUCGCCCGAUGAGUAUGGCUUGACGCACCAUAACCGUAUGCUCGAUCUGACGACCAUGUUUCGCUUUUCCGGAUUACCUAACAACGCGUUGCUAGAGAUGGUGCAGGCGAAGCAGGCUCGCACCGAGGAGGACGUGACCAUUUUGUUGCAGCUUGAGGACGGUACCCGACCGAGCGGAACAUUUAAGCCUUCGGACACGUUGCUGCACGUGCUGCAGACGUUGUAUCCAGAUCGGAGCCCAGGUGAUGCAUUCCGCCUGAUGGUAUAUAUGCGCUGCGAGGUUUACUGGGAUGCGAUGAGCACAACCACGCUCAAGAGCCUUGGAUUGUGCAAUGGGCGCGCUACGCUGCGGCUGCUACAGCGUAUGCCGGGAACGGCGAACACACAGGCUAACGUCUCGGCACCGUUGCCGGCGAAAAAGCAGGAGAUUCCCGAGAGUGAAAAGACUGGUGGCACUAGCGACGCUGGUGAGGUUGCGAAAUCCGAAAACGAUCUGACAAUCAAACAAAGCGAAACUCUAGCAACACACAAUAUCGUACCGUUGCCGACGCCGAGUACUGCGCAACAAACGGUUCCGACGCCGGAACCAGAACCGGAACGCCCACCUUCAACCGAACACACAGAUCCGACGAACGAUGAUGCAAAAAAACCAAAAACCGACGCAACACCAUCGAAAACGGUUGCACCGAAAGAAACUGUCCCUGUGGUGCGGGCUGCCGAACCGCCAACCGGACAAAUUGUUAUCAUCGGUGAGCGCCAAGCGGUGCUGUAUCACGUUUCCACCUCGGAAUGUGCGAUGAUCGACCCGGACGAUACGUUUUUCGACCUCUCCGUGCCGGAGGUGCUGCAGAUGCAGAAGCAGCUGCAGGAUCGCGUGAAGGCGUUUGAGGAUGCACCGCUGGUGACGCGUUCGGUGCGGGAGCUCGAGCGUCAGCAGAGCCUGCUCAGCAGCAUGACGCGCUACCGGCAGGCGGUAAUACGGGUGCAGUUUCCCGACCGGCAUGUCCUGCAAGGCAACUUUCAGGUGCACGAAACGGUCCAGCACAUCGAGGAGUUCGUGCGCGGCUUUCUCGCCGAUGCCGCCACGCCGUUCCAUCUUUACACGACCCCGCCAAAGGUGGUUCUCGAUUCGACAGCCUCACUGCUGGAUGCCGGUUGCUUUCCGCUGGCGCUGUUGCACUUCGGCCGGUCUCAGCAGCCAAGCGCUGCACAACCCGGUGGUGAAGACGUUCCCACUAGCGGGUCGGUCUGCGUACUGCGUCCCGAGCUGCUAAGUCAGCUAUCGGACGCGAACGGGGCGGCGAUGGUGGCGAGCCUGGCGAAACGGGUGUCAACCGGCCGGUCGGAGCAAAACUCUCGAAACGAAGCGCAGGAACCCAGCACCGGCAGUAGCGACAGCGUCGACGAACCCCAAACGGGGGGCCCAUCGCAACGAUACAGAAACCGCCUUUCAGCGGCCGCCGCCGCCGCCACCACCAACUCGCCACCAAACUCCAGUGAGCGUGAGGCCAAAAUCUUGAAGUUUUUGAAAAAAUAGUCCUUAAGUGUUCGAUUAAUCAUCAGUUACCGUAGAUGUACCAUAUUUGGUGCAGUUAAGGAAAUUCUGCAUAAAAAGUUGAAUAACCAAAUCAAUGUUCGGUCAAAUCAUACCAUUUUUUGCACAGUGCGAGCCUAACUACCAUUGAAUAUAAGAAAAAUAAGUGAGAAACUCUUAAAUUAAAAUUUCUUUUUCUGACUGUUGAAUAAUUAGGAACACUGUGAGCCAAACUUGGCGCAAAAUAUUUUCGCUUCAAAAUUAGUAUAAAAAUCUCAAAAAGCGCCGAAUAUAACCACGAUUCAUUGGAAAUAGUUACGUUUUAACAGUUUCUGAUAAAAAAAAACCUAAUAAUUUUUCCUUUGCGGAUAAAUGAUUGGAAACAGUUUCACCAUCUCCUUAACAGCGUUGCUAACGCGGGUAAAAAAUGGCGCACUUGUGGGAUGGAAUUUUUCAUUUAAUUAAAUUUACAUUCAAUAACAUGUUUUGAUCCGGAUAUAUUGUACAAACAUAAACAAAUAUAUGACUACAUAUUUUAGACUGAAAUAAUUUGGAAAUAGUCUAAUAUCGAAGAAAAUAUUAGAAAGUGCGCCAAGUUUGGACCCGCGCCAAGUAUGGUGCUUCUACGGUACUAUAAAUUAUCUUUUUCUCGGGUGGCGAGUUGUAGCGCGGUCGGCGUUUGUUCGACUGUAUCCAUUUGUUUCUGCGCUUAUCACACGUUUUUCUUUUCCUAACUUUCAUUUCCUUCAUUCAGCGUUUGUCUUCAUUCUUUGCGUUUAUUCAUUUGUACCGGAGUUGAAGCUCCAAUCGGGUAGCGCAACGUAUAGGGGUACACAUCAAAUGUGUCGGAGUAAAUAAAUGGACUAUUGACAUGUGACUACACAAUAAACAUUAACUGUUGGU